AUGUCUCUCAAUAGAAACAAUACACCCGAGUCUCCAGCAUUCAAUACGAUGCAAUCCCCAAGAAGCACAACAAUGCCAGAGUACGAAACAGAACCCAAAAAGCUCAUGCAAGAUAAUACCAAGGCAGAACUCGGAAAGCAAGAAAUUGAUCAUGAUUUGGAACACGUUCGCAGAGGAUUUCUUCGGUGGUUAUGUUUCGUUCCAGCCUUGCAGGAUCCGAGGCAGUAUACCCCGGGGAUGAAGUGGGGUUUGACCUUUAUUGUGGCGAUGGGAGGGUUGGUGGUUCCGCUGAGUAGUGGUGUUUUGUUCCCCUGCCUGAUAGAGAUCGCCGAGGAUAUGCAUACCACCGUGUCGGUGGUCAACUUGUCUAUCGCUUUUGGCUCACUCUCUGUUGCCAUCACACCCUUGUGGUGGUCAUACCUGGCUGAGCUCUAUGGUCGUCGACUGGUAUACAUAUCGUCAUUCUUUUUCCUUGGGAUUUUCAAUAUUCUGGCUGCUAUCAGCCCUAACAUCGGCAUGUUUAUCGCCAUUGCGUCCCUUCAAGCUGUCAGCGCCGGUACUAUUUCAGACAUGUUCGAAAUGCAAGAUCGCGGCAAGGAUAUGGCUGCGUUCAUGCUAGGUCCCAUGCUGGGGCCCAUGUUUGCACCUAUUAUCGGCGGGGCGCUCACGAUGCGUUGGAGUUGGCGCAGCACACAGUGGUUCAUGGUCAUCUAUGGUUGGGUCUUGCUUGCUGUGAUGGUCCUCUUCAUGCCGGAGACAGCCACCAACCUCGAAGAGAACCGCCGUGAGCAGCGAAACCACGCGACCAGUCCCCGCAACAAAGCCCUCUACUUCCUCCUGAAGCCUUUGGAAGCCGCCAAGCUCCUCCAAUACCCUCCCAUCCUGAUUACGGUCUAUUACACCAGCAUCAUCUUCGCCACGUACUAUCUCAUCUGCGUUUCCAUCGAAGACACCUUUGCCUUGCCACCAUACUCCUGGAGCUCUAUUAUUGUCGGAGUGGCUUAUAUUCCCGGCGGCUUGGGCCUACUCUUCGGUGCGAUUAUUGGGGGCCGCUGGCAGGAUUAUAUCAUGACGCGGACAGCUCGAAAGGAAGGCCGAUACGAUGCUAAGGGGGAAUUGAUCCUCCACCCGGUCGAUCGUCUAGGCGAGAACUGCCUCCUUGGGGGCAUUCUCUUCCCCGGGGCACUCUUGUGGUGGGGAUGGGCGGCUGAUAAGUAUAAGUUCUGGCUAAUCCCGCUCCUCGGAAACUUCUUCUACGGGUUUGGCGGAAUGAUUCUCACCAAUGUCACUAUGACAAUGCUGACGGAAUUUACACCGAAGAACUCUACCAUCGGCGUCGCGGUGAAUAACCUCAUGCGAAACAGUCUGUCAUGCGUGAGUGCGAUCAUUGCGCAGCCGUUAUUUGAUGCGAUUGGCACGGGUUGGUCGUUCACGGCGGUUUGUUUAUUCUGUCUGCUCAGUGGCGUCCCGUUGAUCCUUCUGCGGAUCAAGCGGGAUAAAUGGAGUCGACAGAUGAAGGCUACGCUAGGAGGUGAGUAG